CACUUUGCCAGCACAAUCAGCAUUCUUCGUUUGCCAGCUAUCAGAACUGUCAUAUUGGAAAUUAUGAAAAUCAUUUGCGAGUGCAAAUUCUGAUCCCCAAAAAAACGAAACAAAAAUUGCGUUUUAACGAGCGCCCCCGGAAUAGUUUUCCUCUGAAAGUGCUAUUGUAAUCCUGGUCGAACAUCGGUGAGAGGCAGGCCCCGCAGCGCAAUGAAAAUCACCAUCAAAACACUGAAGCAGGAGGCGUUUCACAUCGAGGUGGACGUCGAACGGGACACCGUCCGAACGCUGAAGGAAAAGUUCUUCCAGGAAAGCAAACAGGACUACCCGGUGGAACGGCAGCGGCUCAUCUAUCUCGGCAAGAUCAUGGAAGACGAGCAUCCGCUCAGCCAGUACAAUUUGGAUGACAAAAAGUUUGUUGUGGUUAUGAACAAAAAACCUACGACCGCUCCGGCAGAACCAGCAACGGCGGCGGCGGCAACCAGUGCAGCUGCACCGGCAUCGUCAUCGUCAGCAGCUGCUGCUGCGAAAAAUGAAGCCAGUGAAGUGACGGUUCCGGCGGCUGCUCCGCCAGCGGCAGAGAAAUCCAAGCAGGAAGAGGAAAAGCCGAAGGAGGUGAAGAAACCGGACGAGCCUCAGCAGGAUGACCUUCAGAUUAAGAUUCAACGGAUAACAGAAAUGGGAUACUCGGAGGAGGAAGCACGCAUUGCGCUGGAAAUUUGCGACAACAAUCCAGAUCGUGCGGUUGAGUAUCUGCUGUCGGAAAUAGCUACCAGUUCGUUGGGCGGAAGCAGUGGUGGUGGUGGCGGCGGUGGUGGUGGUUCUGCUUCAACCGGCAACACCGGUUUGCUUGGGUCCACCCAGGAAAGCAGGUUAGCAUUCCUGCGAGGCCAUCCGACCUUCCUGGAGAUGAAACGCCUUCUGCAGGAAGAUCCCAGUCUGCUGCCGCAUUUACUUCAGAAAAUCCAAUCCAGCAAUCCGGAGCUGAUGCGUAUCAUUUCGGAGAAUCAGGUGGAAUUUUUAACGCUGAUCAAUGAGGAAGCGGACGGACCGGAGGGACGAUCGGCCGUUCCGCGGGAGCUGGAAACGACGGCCGCCGCCAUGGUGGACAGUCUGAGCCAGGCCGACAUGGAAGCGAUCGAUCGGCUGAAGGCGCUCGGCUAUCCGGAACAUCUGGUCAUCCAGGCGUACAUUGCCUGCGAGCGCAACGAGUACCAGGCGGCUAACUUUCUGGUGCAGAACCCGGACGAUGACGAUUAGAGAGGGAGGGGGCGGCGGCGGCGGCGGGGCAGCAUGCUGCUAGUAAGCUUUUGAUUUUUAUUCGCUUCUAUUCACUUAAAGAAGAGAUUCUAUAUUGUUCACAGUUCAGUUGAUAUUGUUCGCGAAAAAAAACGACAGCCACGUUUUAACACUUUGAGCUGUUACUUCUGCUAAUAUUAUGAGAAAGCUGGAGAAUAGCUCCCGCCCGGGUGAAGCUGCUAGAUUUGCGUAUUUGAUACAGCAGUUAGCUGCGAGGUUUUCCAACAAAUUGAUGCAGCAACCAUUAAAAACCUUAUUUUUAGCUAUACGAAAGAAAAAAUUGUCCACAAACUUGAUCGAUUUUUUGUCUGAAUAAAAUUAUAUUGCUUCUGGGA